UCUGAAAGAAGAAGCUUGGAUCUUGACAACGCGUGAAACGCGGUUGACUGCAGACAGCCCAUAAAAAAUUUACCAGUCACUCCACCACGCGCUUUGUUCUCUUCCCUUCUUUUUCAUAUUAUGCAUUCAGCCCUGUCGAACCUCUCAGAGCGUCAUCGACAGCGAUUGCUGGCCCGUCAGCGUGGAUCAAGGUUGCGUGAUCUGAAAGAGGUCAAGGCUUUUGUCGUUGAUCCAAACGUGUAUGUUCCUCCAUACAUAACGCACGGAGAUGAGGAAAGCGGACGAUUUUCUCUUAUAAGUGAAGAUUCAUUUAGACGGGAGCCCAGCGUUGGAACGAUAGGAUCUGAUCACGGGCAUGCUAUGACAAACGAAAACAUUGGGCAUCCCGAACGGCAAGCAGCACAUGCUGAUCUUGCGUCGACGAAAACGGACCAUGAAGCCACGACUUCUAUCCCUCAUUAUUCUAGACGGGAAGAGCGCUUGCCGUUACCAAAGGCAAUAGGUCGAUCUUCCCUUUCCUUGGACAAAUUCUCCGUACAUCCACCCAUUAUACCUUCCAAACGCCCACGAGAGGAGCUAGAUGAACAGUCUCGAUAUCUGGAGCAAACAAUAUCACAAGCAUCAGAAUCUGAAUUACCAGAUUCUGCACAGCCUCCCACCUCAGCCCAAGCCGAGCAUCCAUCCCCUACAGAAAAAUCUGACAUUCCUACACAACAAGUCCAACACUUGAUACCGAAAGAACCAUUUGGAGAAAGAGAAGAAAAUGAAAGUGAAGCAGGAGUAGAUACUCUGACUGAUAUCCAAGUGCAAGAAGUUGUCACAGUAACGCAAGAACAGAUUUCGGACAAAAUGCCACAUGAGGCAGGAACCCAAAUUCAACCGACACAAACCAUGCAUGUUGUAUCCUUGAUGGAAACUUCUUCAACGAACGUCCGUGGAUCAGUCGAGAGGCACGACGAAAGACAUAGCGUGGAGAGAGAAGGUCAUGUCAACGGUUCUCCAGGGUCGCCAACGCAGAUUUCUCUUGAUGAGCAGCAUAACGACUCCAUGCAGUUGGAUGGUCAUGACGCUAGUCCAACUUUGCCCAACGACAUUAUCUCUCAGAAUACACCCACCGACGAGGAUAUGCGCCAUAGGCAGGGAACCACAGAAUACGUAGCUCCGCCAAAGCAGCCAUCCGUCUCACCAAAGGAUACAGCACAUGCCGCAGAAGACGAUUUCAUGGAUUUAGAAUACGAUAGCUAUGUCUCACCUUUGCUCGGAAACCAAUCACCGCACAUUCCUGAAGAUAAUGUUCAACGAUCUAUGACAGAAAAUGAUAUGCAACGAUCAGUGUCGGCUGAAGGAGUGGAGUUUCAAAGCAGGGACGAAAAGACUGCAGAGGUAGAAUGUGAUACCCGGUCCGAAAUGGACGAAGAUCGCCACACCAGCCCAACACCGGAUUUAAGAAAUGAUACUACCAGAGAUUCCGAGGUCAUAGAGGCCACUGUCAAACCACUAGAAGCGACGUUGAAAGAUGAGAACGGCGUUACGAGAGUAACGGAACCUACCAGCGGACAGGAGGCGUCUACCGAAACUCCCAACGCCGAUGAUAAGCACGAGCCUACUGUGUCUCCAGAGAAACCAUCGGCACAAAUCGAGACCAUAGCUGUGAGCGGACGUGAUAAUGACAUGAAAACGUUAUUGGGCAUAGAUGACCCUUUUAUGGAGGUUUCGCCUCCUCCAGAGGAUGUGAUGGAUGAAUACGACGAUCGUUUGCAGGAAGAACGUGAUGAUAUGGACGCUGCCCCUCCUUUUGAAGAUGUAAAUGAAUCGGUCUUGACCCAAUUCAUGGAUCAGAUAAAGAUGGAACUGGAGGAAUCUGUGUUGAAUGAAAAGAAAAAAGCCCAAGCGGACCUCGAAGUACAAUCUCUCGCUAAUUCAAUCGUCAAGACAAUGCUGGAAUUUGAGACCACGCAGAGCGAUCCAGAUGUUCUUACAAUUGCAAGACAGUUCAGAAGCGAAUUGAUCAACGUGUUGAUGCAACAGGUACAGUAACGCAGUCAUUGAUCUUUAGCGGAACCAUUGGGUCCUCAUUUUGGUCAAUCGAUAGAAAAACCGGUACGGGGAGCACAUGCAACUAGAGUGGAAAUUAAGACGUGUGAGGCACACGAGAAAAGGGAUACGAAAUCGGCUGCUGCUGCUGCGGA